AAGAAAAGACUUUUAAAUACUUCUUGGUUUCUUUUGGGAUACUUAAAACAGCACCAGCACCAGUUCAUUCCUACACCCCUGCCAAUGCUGAGCCUGCAAGUCGCCCUCCCUGGAUAACAGAUGACUCCUUUUCUCAGAAAUUUGCACCCGGAAAAACCACCACCACUGUCACAAAGCACAUCCUGCCCAGGGGUGCUCCACUACCAUCUCCUGCCUCGACUUCUGCUUACCCAUCUCCAGGUUCAAGCUCUUCCCAGGCCCCUCCGAUAGCCCGGGGAACAGUGCAGAGGGCUGAGCGCUUUCCAGCCAGCAGCCGAACUCCUCUCUGUGGGCACUGUAACAGCAUAAUUCGGGGUCCUUUCCUGGUAGCCAUGGGUCGCUCAUGGCACCCAGAAGAAUUCAAUUGUGCUUACUGCAAGAAAUCCUUGGCUGAUAUGUGCUUUGUGGAAGAGCAGAACAGUGUGUACUGUGAGCGCUGCUAUGAACAGUUCUUUGCACCAACCUGUGCCAGAUGCCACACUAAGAUCAUGGGGGAAGUGAUGCAUGCCCUAAGACAGACUUGGCACACAAGUUGCUUUGUCUGUGCUGCUUGUAAGAAGCCAUUUGGGAAUAGCCUCUUUCAUAUGGAGGAUGGGGAACCUUACUGUGAGAAAGAUUAUAUUGCUUUGUUCAGCACAAAAUGCCACGGUUGUGAUUUUCCUGUUGAAGCCGGAGAUAAAUUCAUUGAAGCUCUUGGACACACUUGGCAUGAUACCUGCUUCAUUUGUGCUGUAUGCCACGUGAAUUUGGAAGGUCAACCAUUCUACUCCAAGAAGGACAAGCCACUGUGCAAGAGACAUGCGCAUGCCAUCAAUGUUUAAAAGAAUAGCUGGUAGUCAGUAAUGCUGGGCAAAAAGAGAUGACAAACUGGGCAAUUAUAAAGUUGAUAACUGUGGCUAGCGUUUCUCUUGGUAAAAUCUAGGAAGCUGAUACUUGUGAAGUUUAACCUCUUUCAUAAAUGCAGAACAUGCUUUUUCAAUGUUCAUAGAAAGACCUGCUGAAUGAACAGUCAAAACCAAAUUAACUAGUCCAUUAUUAAAGCAG